AUGAGCAACAACAACAAUAACGACGCCACCGCUAUGGAAUAUGCUCGUUUGGGCAAGACUGGUCUUCGCGUCUCCCGCAUUUGUUUGGGUUUCAUGUCAUAUGGUGACAAGAAUUGGAAUGGUUGGGCCUUGAACAUUGAAGAGUCACUUGCUAUGAUUAAGAAAGCCUAUGAUGCUGGAAUCAACUUUUUCGACACUGCCGACGUAUACUCCAACGGUCGAAGCGAGGAGAUUCUUGGCAAGGCUAUCAAGCAAUUCAACAUGCCACGUGAUCGCAUUGUCGUUGCCACCAAGGUGUGCUUCCCGGUGCUCGAAGGAAGUACCCCUGUCAACUUGUCUCCAGAAGCUAUGAGCAAGGAUCCUCAACUCGUCAACCGCUUUGGCCUUUCCCGCAAGCAUAUUUUCGAUGCAUGUGAUGCUUCUCUCAAACGUCUUGAUGUAGACUACAUCGAUCUUUAUCAGAUUCACCGCUUCGAUCAGAAUACUCCUAUUGAAGAGACUAUGGAAGCAUUACAUGACUUGGUCAAAUCUGGCAAGGUUCGCUAUAUUGGUGCCAGCUCAAUGCAUGCCUGGGAAUUCCAAAAGGCCAACAACAUUGCCGAAAAGAAUGGAUGGACCAAGUUUGUUAGCAUGCAAAACCUUUACAACUUGGUGUAUCGUGAAGAAGAACGCGAAGUGAUCCCCUACUCAUUGGAUGCUGGUAUUGGUGGUAUUCCAUGGUCACCCCUUGCUAUGGGAAAACUCGCUGGCAGAAAGACCAAGACCGAACGUUCCGAGAAUGAUGUAUUCCAAGGCAUGAAUCGCAUGCUUGAUGCUGACAACAUGAUUGUUGAACGCGUGGGCGAGAUUGCUGAAAAGAAGGGUGUCAGCUCUGCACAGGUUUCCCUUGCUUGGUUGCUUAGCAAGCCUUAUGUCACUGCUCCCAUUGUUGGUAUCAGCAAGGAAGCUCAUCUUCACGACGCCAUUGCUUCUCUCAAGGUGAAAUUAACUGAAGAGGAAAUCAAGUAUCUUGAGGAACCUUAUGUUCCCAAACCUCUCAUCCCAAUGUAA